AUGUCUACCUUUACAAUUCUAGGAAAAUCUUUUACACUUUGGUGUUUUGAUCAAAAAAGUAAAGUCAUUUUCAAAGUUAUAAUUGUUGACAUUGAAUAUAAUAAAAUUAAGAAUAUCACUCUUGAUGGUCUGUUAAUUGAUAAAUUAGAAAAUGAGAUAGAUACCAUUGGAAGAGUUUUUGAUGAGGAACUCGCUAUGCUUGAGUUUUGGAAAGGUCUUUCCAAAGCAAAAAUUAUCUUCCCCUAUUCACAAAAUAUGUUAUUGGAUAAUUCUCUCUUUGAAGUCAAGAAUGAAUCGGAUUUGGAAUUUAAUUUGAGACCAACUGUUAAAGAUGGACUUAUGGAUAACAAAUACGUAUAUUUGAAAGAUGUUGUUAAUAUGCAAAUUGAUGAUUUAUUGGAGCAAUUUAAUUGUGAUGGAUUUUUAUGCUUGUCAAAUAAGUUUACAGCACUAGAUAAAAUCCAAAAAUUUUUAGAUUGGGAUAAAGAUAUUUACUUAUAUUUCGUAGUGCCACCGGAAAUCUUUUAUAGAUUUCCUCCACAGAAAUAUAAAAAUUCUAAAAACGAUGAUCAUCAGAAAUUUCCUACAUGGAUUAAUAAACUAUCUCAAUAUGCCCUAGAGGUCCCAAUGAGGAUUUAA